CUCGUGCGCGGCCAGAUUUCAGCGCCAAGUGUGAGAUGCUGAAGCUGAUGGAUCAGAAGGUGACUCAUGAGCAGCUAGCAGAUCGCUUCAAGUGCUCGGAACGGUUGGUCCGGGAUGUGAAGAAGAACAGGAAGAAGUACGAGACCGAGGCUGCUGCAGGACGCGGAGGAAGCAAGAAAAACGUGCGCACAGGCAAUAAUCCGGAGGUGGACGCCAUAGCUCUUGACCUACUAGAGAAAGCCCGGAAGACCAAGAUGCCCGUCACGCGCGACGUCCUUCGAAGCUUCGGCCGUGCCGCCAGGGCAACCCUGCUGGCUGAUCCAGCAGCUUCUAAGGAAGUGAAGGCGAGGGUCGAGGAUUUCAAGGCCGGCGAAAGGUGGGCCAGGAACUUCGUGAAGCGCAACAGCAUCGACAGCGUGAGACUUCAUGGCGAGGCUGGUAGCGUCAACAAGGAGGCCAUCAAGGUGGAAGACAUGACGGCACAGCUGGCUGGGACUCGAGUGUCUACCGGCCGCGAGGAGGAGGACGAGGAGGAGGACAGCGGCGAUGACAACACGGGGCUCGCGCGCCGUGUCCCACCGGCUUAUGGUGAACUGUCGUCUCACUUCGGCGUCCUGGAAGCGGCAGCAGAGGAGAGCGGCAAUGGAGACGCGGCGCUCUACCUAGCGAAAGCGAAGAUGGCGAUGAUUGCAGCGCAUUCCAAGAGGCGGGUGCGCCAGGCAGACAUGAGGGAGUUUGUUGCUACGGAGUAAGGGCGGGGAACAGCUGUG